GUACCCAAACACACACACACACACACACACACGUAUACAGAAAGGUACUUUCCAACAGCACUUCUCUCAUCGCCAGUUAGUCUCAAGUCUUCGUGGACUCCACACCUCCCCCUCGUUGCUUCUCUUGCACUAUGGAAAUCCUGAAAAUUCUCCUGACGGUGAGUCUAGCAGUAUGCGUCACCAGCCGCCCUUUGGAGGAGGAUGCCGAGACUGUGGCCACUGAAACCACGCCAGCGCCUCCUUCAGCCCCUAAGCCAGGUCAAGGCUCUUUCCUCGGCGAGGUCAUGGUCAUGUCGGAGGAUGUGACCGUGAAGAGAACGCCAAAAGGGAAGAAGAAGUCUCCGAAGUCUUCCCAAGAAGGUCCUCGGGUAUCUGCUCUCGUGGCCGCACCGGAAGUUAGCAGGUCCCGAAGCCGUCGUGGGCAUCGCAGUGGGCACGGGCAAGGGCUUCGACGUCGGUGUCAACACGGGAUAUGUUCUCAACGAUAGCUCUCCUGGAAUUAGUAUUUCGGGAGCGACUCUAACGUUUAAUCGUCCAGCACAAGUGAUUCCAGUUUCUUCUUGAGUGUUCUUGGUUUAGAAUGUCAGGCAAACAUAUCAUAUCGCUGUGUCGGGUUGUUUGUAUGCUGUUUGAUUGUGUGUUUUAGGUUAAGCUCGUCCUAAGGUUGAAAAGCGUUUUGAGAGGAAGAAUCUCGUGUUUUUGGGAGAAUAUAUAUUUUUUUUCCCGGUUAUUUAGAUCUUGUGAUGCAGCCCAGAUCUACCUUAGGGAUGUUCGUGUUUUCAGUAUUAGAUUAUUUUCUACGAGGGAACGAAACAAGUUGUGAACUUGAAAACUUUAUUUAAAUAAUAGAAAAUUGUCCCGAACUUUUUUCCCCCUAGAUUAAUGAAGUAGCAGUAUAAACACCGAUUUAAGGCUGUGACCAGAAGAAAUGUAUAUUCUGAUAUUUCAAUAUUUUUGUGUUUUGAAAAGAAUAAAACAAAAACCUGCAAACCAUCUGAUUGGAGACACGAUACAAAAAAAAAAAGCAUAUCGUUAAUGCAGCUUCAUAAUAGAUACAAAAAUGUAGCACAAGUCACUGCAAUACCUGUUAUUCUCUACAUGUCUAUAUACGUUCAUCCCGGCGCAUACAUUUUUUGAAAAAUAAAUCUUUUGUUAGAAGUGAUUGUUGUUAUACCUUGCUAUACUAUAUAUUAUUUAAUGUAUUGUUUAUGACUGUGUUCAUUCCCAUUGUAUCUCAGAAAUUAAUUUCAUAUUUAAGAAUAAUUCUAAGGAGUAUAGAGAUAUGUACAGCAUUGAGUACAUUGACGUCAUGGUAAUAAAGAAGGCAGAACAUUCA